GAUUUCAUAUUUCUAGUCAAAAAUUUCAUGCCGCCUUAUUUUUAACAAAUUAUUGUUAACGCAAAUGUCUUUUUUUUUUUAUUCCAAAUUCAAUCACUGCAAGGAAUAAAAAUUUCAAAAUGUGCAUUUUACAUACAUACAUCCAAAAAUAGAGUAGCCAAAAAGAGGACGCAAAAUAGUAUAUUUUUAUUAAUUCAUAUUAUGGUCAUACACAUAGAUUGUAGCAACAUCGAUACAUUGGCAAACCAAUUUUGCUGCAGCUUUUGUUUGUUUACACAUUUUGUGAAUUAAAGUGUCGACAAAAUAUAUUGAAGAUGGAAGAUUGCAUAAUGGAUACAAAUUCAAAUACCGAGGCCAACUCAGAUCUGAACUUCGGCAUGGAGGACGAUAAAUCACAGUUGCCGGAACAACGCUCGUCUGCUGGCGGCAUUUUAUGUUCGGAAAGCAGAGAAACCCCAAACGCAGCCGGUGUUUGUUAUUGUGGUAAGGAGCGCAACCUAAACAUUAUUGAAUUGCUGUGCGCAACGUGCUCCCGCUGGAUUCACGAAACGUGCAUAACUCACCAAUUCGGCAAAGGAAGAAUACUUCCCUUCAUAACCAACUAUAUAUUUGUUUGCAAAAACUGCUCUGGCGCGGGUCAAGAAAGCUUUCGCAAAAAUCAAGCCACGAUAUCGCAGAUGUGUCAAUGUGCCAUUGCCAACAUGCAACAAGCUGCCCAACGCGAGGGUAAUCAUCAGAUUCAGUUCAGCAAGGACAAGGAGAUUAUACCGUACAUUGAGCAAUAUUGGGAGGCCAUGACAACCAUGCCGCGCCGUCUGACACAAUCAUGGUACUCUACUGUUCAUCGAUCCUUGGUAAAGGAUGUGAACACGCUUUUUACCUAUGAGGAGCAUGUAGAGCACGGUGCAAUGUACGGAUUGGUGCAUCAAGAUCUGCGACUUAUUAAACCCAACUACGAAAUCAUGACGAAAAGUGGCGCCCUACGACUCUCUGACGAUGGAUAUAUACAGGCCACUCUUGCGAAAAAUAAUAGACAGAAGCGCAAGUUCCCUGGGACUGAUUCUGGAGGUCCAACAGGCAAAAAGGGACGCCCAAGCUCCGAUAUCGCAGCAAAUGUCAAGCUGCCAGCCCACGGAUAUCCGCUGGAACAUCCAUUUAAUAAGGAUGGAUAUCGCUACAUACUUGCCGAGCCAGAUCCACAUGCACCAUUCCGCCAGGAGUUCGAUGAGAGCUCCGACUGGGCGGGCAAGCCUAUACCCGGGUGGUUAUAUCGCACCCUGGUUCCGCAGGUGGUUCUCCUGGCGCUGCACGAUCGAGCACCACAGCUUAGAAUUAGCGAGGAUCGCCUUGCGGUGACUGGUGAGCGUGGCUACUCACAGGUACGCGCAACUCAUUCUGUGAAUCGUGGUCGCUGGUACUAUGAGAUUACAAUUGAGGAGAUGCCAGAAGGUGCCGCUACACGCAUCGGCUGGGGCAGAGAAUACGGCAACUUGCAAGCACCGCUGGGCUACGACAAGUUUGGAUACUCUUGGCGAUCGCGCAAGGGUACGCGAUUCACCGAGAGCCAGGGGAAGCACUACAGUGCGUCAUAUGGUGAAGGCGAUACACUGGGCUUGCUUAUUGAACUGCCAGAGCUGCACUCAAUGGACUACCUGCCCAACACAUUUAAGGAUCGCCCACUUGUUAAAUUCAAAUCGCAUUUGUAUUAUGAAGACAAAGACAAAAUUACCGAGACUCUUAAAAAUCUUCAUAUCCUGCAAGGAAGUCGCAUCGAGUUCUUCAAAAAUGGCCAUUCGCAGGGUGUUGCCUUUGAAGACAUUUAUGCUGGCAGCUAUUUUCCAGCCAUAUCGAUACACAAGAGCGCCACAGUCAGCGUCAACUUUGGACCAUCCUUCAAAUAUCCCGCAGUAUUAAACGACCGCAAGGCCAAAGGAAUGAACGAUCGUGUUGAGGAGCUAAUUACUGAGCAAUGUCUAGCUGACACACUUUACCUCACUGAGAACGACGGCCGACUACGUCUCGACAAUAUAGGCCUGUGAUUACAAUUUGCGUGAUUAUUUGUCUGCCAGUCAUAUGCAUCUACAGUGAAUAUCGGGUAUAUGCUACACUAAAAAUGGGAUAGAACAAUUCAUGUCUGUAAAAA